AUUUUUCAGUCCCUCAUGGCCUCCUGUGUCUACAACAGCUGCAAAGAGGGCCUUGGGCGCUCAGCUUCUUGUACCCCCACAGGAAGGCGUUGUGGGGCUGCCCUGCAAGAGCGGUCUUUGCCCAGUUCCAGCUCAGUGCCUGCUCGGGGCGCCCUGGGAGCCAGCCAGCCUUACCUGUCCACGGCUGCCCCCGUGUGGGUGUGCUGCCAGCCCGUGUCCGUGCUCUGCAGGAAGUCUAAAGCAAAGCCCAACGGAAAGAAGCCUGCUGCCGAGGAGAAGAAGAUGUACCUGGAGCCAGAGUACACCAAGUCCAGAAUCACCGACGUCGGCUUCAAGGAGCUGGUGGUGCUGCCCCGGGAGAUCGACCUCAACGAGUGGCUGGCCAGCAACACCACCACAUUUUUCCACCACGUCAACCUGCAGUACAGCACCAUCUCAGAGUUCUGCACGGGAGAGGCCUGCCAGACGAUGGCCGUGUGUAACACACAGUACUACUGGUACGAUGAGCGGGGGAAGAAGGUCAAGUGCACUGCUCCCCAGUACGUCGAUUUUGUCAUGAGCUCCGUGCAGAAGCUGGUGACCGAUGAGGAUGUGUUCCCCACGAAAUACGGCAGAGAAUUCCCCAGCUCCUUCGAGUCUCUGGUGAAGAAGAUCUGCAAGUACCUGUUCCACGUGUUGGCACACAUCUACUGGUCCCACUUCAAGGAGACCCUGGCCCUUGAGCUACACGGACACUUGAACACGCUCUACGUCCACUUCAUCCUCUUCGCCAGGGAGUUCAACUUGCUCGACUCCAAAGACACCGCCGUCAUGGACGACCUCACGGAGGUGCUGUGCAGCGGUGGGGGCCACGGCGGGGGCGGCGGGGAAGGGGCCAGCGGCGGGGGCGCGGGGGCACAGAACCACGGGAAGGAGAGGUGAGCCCCCGGCCGACAGGCGCGCACAUGUGCAGAGAGACGGUGGUGCACGUGCUUGCGUGUGCGCACACGCCCCGGGCACGCUCGGCGGGAGGCCUGAGAGGUUGCCGCUGCCCCCCACCCGGCCCGGGCGCGCCGAGUGUGGGCUCCCCAGACGCUGGCGGCCACGCAUCGGACUGGCCCCCCGCCGGGGUUUUCCUGUUGGAUGGAUGAGUGCCGCUUGUCAAGAAGGACCUUUGGAUUUCGUUCGUUCGCUCAACAAACGUUUAUGGGACUGCCGGUCUGAGUUUCCUUCUCCUGUGGGGCUUUCCUUUCCUUGGUCUUCCGUGUGGCCCCCGCCCCUGCCCUCCCCUGCCCUCCCCUGCCCUGGGGGCUCUGCUGUUUGAGAGAAAUACACCCGUGGGAGCUGGGGCUCCUUCCCAGGAGGGACUUGGGCUCACUUUGGUUUGUUUCCAGGGUGGGGCUGUUUUAGAGAUUCCUCCCCGCUCCCCCUCAGGCCUCCCUCUCCUGGCCUUGCUAGGAUCUUGGCUGCCAGUGGCUCAGAGCAGGUGGGGUAGGCGUGGCCAGGGGUGCCCCACAGGGGCCCUGACCCUGUGGCUUCGUUCCCCCCUCUCCUGCCCCGCUGCCCACGAGGGCCCCUGGACUAGCUGGGCCUAGGACCGAGGUGCCUGGGCGGGCGGCCUGUGUGGAGACGCGGCUGCUGGCGGAAGGCUGGGUGUCCCACUCCGCUCACCUGUUCGGUCGUAAUAAAAAGAAUUCGCUCAGGUCA